UGCUCCAGCCUUUGUGCCCUGGGAAUCCUGAAUCCCUCGUUCUACUGGCCCUCCCCAGGGGUUGGAGGGAAGCCAGGCCUCAGUUGCACAAGUGGGUUACGCAAGAGAGGCACCGAUGCCAGGGUCCCUGCUGGCCGGCUAUAUAUCCACCUGCAGCGCUGGAUUGCGGGAAAAGGGCAGCGGAGCUGGGAGGCUCCCAGCCAGCCAUGGAUCCCCUGGGAGCCGUCAGCCUGUUCUUAGUCAUCUGCCUUUCCUGCCUCCUGCUCCUCUCCACCUGGCGGCAAAUGCAGGGCCGGGGGGAAAUGCCCCCGGGGCCCACCCCGCUGCCCCUCCUCGGGAACCUGCUGCAGGUCAACCUCAGCAACAUGCGCAAGUCGCUCAUGAUGCUGAGCGAGCGCUACGGCCCCGUCUACACCAUCCACCUGGGCCCCCGGCGGGUGGUGGUGCUGUGGGGCUACCUGGCGGUGAAGGAGGCCCUGCUGGACCAGGCCGAGGAGUUCAGCGGCCGCGGGGAACAAGCCACCUUCGACUGGAUCGCCCAGGGCUACGGAGUGGCCUUCAGCAACGGGGAGAGAGCGAAGCAGCUGCGCCGAUUCUCCAUCACCACGCUGAGGAACUUCGGGGUGGGGAAGCGAGGCAUCGAGGAGCGGAUCCUGGAGGAGACUCGUUUCCUGCUGGAAGCCUUGCGGGGCACGAAAGCUUUGCCCUUUGACCCCACCUACUUCCUGAGCCGCACAGUUUCCAACGUCAUCAGCUCCGUGGUCUUCGGGGACCGGUUCGACUACGAGGACAAGGAGUUCCUCUCCCUGCUCUACAUGAUCACCGAGAGCUUCCGCUUCACCGCCACGGCCUGGGGGCAGCUCUACGAGAUGUUCUCGGACAUCAUGCGCUACCUGCCCGGCCCCCAGCGCGAAGCGUUCAAGCAGCUGGCGGGGCUGAAAAAAUUCAUCGAGAGGAAGGUGAAGGCGAACCAGGAGACCCUGGACCCCAGCGCUCCUCGGGAUUUCAUCGACUGCUUCCUGGUCAAAAUGCAGCAGGAAAAGCAAAAUCCUUCCUCUGAGUUUUUCCUGAAGAACAUUGUUCUGACGGUGCUCAACGUCUUCUUCGCUGGGACAGAGACCGUCAGCACCACUCUGCGCUACGGUUUCCUCCUCCUGCUGAAACACCCGGAGAUUGAAGAAAGGAUCCACGAGGAGAUUGACCGGGUGAUUGGGCGGAACCGCGCCCCGAACAUGGAGGACUGGAGCCAGAUGCCCUACACCAACGCCAUCAUCCACGAGUUCCAGAGGUUCUGUGACGUCAUCCCCAUGGGCCUGGCACGCCGGGUGACCAGGCACACCCAGUUCCGGGGAUACACUAUUCCCAAGGGGACGGAGGUGUACCCGGUGCUGGGAUCCGUGCUCUAUGACCCCACGCAAUUCAGCAGCCCCGACACCUUUGAUCCCAGCCAUUUCCUGGAUGGGAACGGCCAGUUUAAGAAGAGUGACGCCUUCGUGCCCUUCUCAAUAGGGAAAAGGUAUUGUUUCGGGGAGAUGCUGGCGCGCAUGGAACUCUUCCUCUUCCUCACCAGCAUCCUGCAGAACUUCCGCUUCCGCUCUCCCAUGGAGCCCAGAGACAUCGACAUCUCCCCGAAGCUGGUCGGGUUCGCCACCCUGCCCCGCAGCUACGAGAUCUGCCUGGUCCCACGCUAGCCGCCCCCUGGAAACAGACGGGACUUCUUGGGGCAGCCUGCGGGAGGGAGAAACACAAAGGAACCAGAUUAGAUGGAAAACUGUCCCUAUCCGAAAAAGGAGCCAGUGGGGGAUCUGGCUGUGUGAAUAAAUUUGUUAGU